AUGACCGACUCCACCACCAAAUCCACCACCUCCACCGAGGUUGGAGGCAUCGAAGACUCUGUCAAGGACAACAAGCGUGAUGCUGCCAAGGUGUCCGAGAAGAACGCAGCCGCCGAACUAGCCGACGAAGAUGAGGACGACGAAGAGGACGAAGAUUUUGAGGAAGACGAAGAUGAUGACGAGGAGGGAGAUUACGAGGAGGAAGAGGAAGAUGACGAAGCGGCAGGUGUCGACGAUGACGAUGAGGACGACGCCGCGGUGGUAGAGGGUGACGACGACGAGGUGGACGAGGACGCCGAAGAGGAAGCACAAGAUGAAGAUGAAGAGGCCGGUGAAGACGACGAAGAAGACGAGGAGGAAGAGGAGGACGACGAUGACGCAGCUGCAGGAAGCAAGCGAAAAGCCGACGACGAGGGCAACGACGACGACAGCAAGGCUGCCAAGACCUCGGACGAGUGA